CACCAAAGCCAUCACUUUGACUCUUUAUCAUUUCUCUCAUUUUUCUUCCCUAUCCCACACAAACACAAUUCAUUGAUGUUUCUAUUUUCCAGAAUCACUACACUUGUCAGUUGUCUAAAUUAGCUAUAAUGGCUGUGGAACUAAUGAUGGAUUACAGAAACACUAGGAAUAGCAAUACUAAUUGUAUUAACUUCGUGAGCAAAUUAGAAGAAAAAUCAGCUGUGCAAGAAGCUGCUUCUGGUCUUGAGAGUGUUGAGAAACUCAUCAGAUUAUUAUCACAGACUCAAUCUCAACAAAUUCAUCAGCAAACUAAGUCUCCAAUGGAGAUUGAAAUAGUGGCUGAUGCAGCAGUUACAAAGUUCAAGAAGGUAAUUUCACUUUUAGAUCGAAAAAAAACUGGUCAUGCCAGAUUCAGAAGAGCUCCUUUGUCUAGUACUACUACUGCUCCUUCUCCUUCGAAUUCUAGCAAAGAUUUUGUUGAUACUAAAGUGUAUUCUCCAACUCCGAUCCAACAAGUUCCUUUAGUUUCCUAUGACCAUUUUAACCCUCCGGUUCCGAAGACGAUUAGUUUCUCAUAUUCUCCGGAGAUGUCUCGUACAAAUUCGUUCAAUAUCUCGUCGUUAACAGGGGAAACAGAGAGAAAGCAACAUUCUUCAUCUAAUUCAGCUUUCCACAUUACCAAUCUUUCUUCUCAAGUCUCUAAUUCUACUGGAAAGCCUCCCUUGUCUUCUUCUUCACUGAAACGAAAGUGCAGUUUAUCGGAAAAUGCCGUAUCUGGAAAGUGCAGUGGAUCCUCCGGCCGAUGCCAUUGUUCCAAAAGAAGGAAGUUAAGGCUGAAGAGGGUAGUUCGAGUACCGGCAAUAAGCAUGAAACUUGCAGAUAUUCCACCAGAUGAUUACUCAUGGAGAAAAUAUGGACAGAAGCCAAUCAAAGGAUCUCCACAUCCAAGGGGAUAUUACAAGUGUAGCAGUGUAAGAGGGUGUCCAGCACGUAAACAUGUUGAGAGAGCAUUGGAUGAUCCAACUAUGCUGAUAGUUACAUACGAAGGAGAACAUAAUCAUUCCCUUUCAGUUGCAGAAACAAGUAGCCUCAUUUUAGAGUCUUCUUAAGUUAGAACUAAUUAAUGUUAGUCAAUCCAAAAUUGUGUAGCUUUCUUUAAUUCCCCUGAAAAGAAGAAGGGUUUUCCGAUCAAUGUAAACUCGUUGUUAAUUAGACUAGUUAAUCAGCUUGUUCAGUAAUUCAAGAUCUGUCUCAAAGGA